GGCAGCAUGGCUCCAAAGCCAUGGAAAAAGGUUAACAUUGCGUUUCCCAGUGCCGUGUCUGUUGUCUCAAUACCUUUCAGUUCAUCUACAGAAUUAAGUGUUAAAGCUCUGUUGGCUAAAAAUGAGGAGGUCCGUAAGCUUAUUGGGAGUGAGAUUCUUGAAAAGGAGAUACAAACUCUCUACGCGCUGUUGUACUUCCCGAAUACCAGCUUCAGAUUCAACAAGACGUUCAACGCCUUAAAGCAGGUUAAACAACGCAUUUACAGGCUGAAGCACAUGAAGCUUGAUGCUGCUCUCCAGGAGCUGACAGAGAAGUGUCCCAACACAGUUCAAAGAAAACUGAGCAUGGAGGCUGGUGAGUGUGACAUCCCCAGUCAACCAAUGCUGGAGUGGCUCUGUCUCAAAAUGCUGGGAGGCGCCCAGGUGAUGAGCUGCACAUUAAGAUGCUGCAGCAGAGCGUUUUCACUUUCCAGGCAGCAUAUGAAAUUGGAGUUUUUUGCCUUUUUGAUAACCAGGAUACUCAGUCGUCUCUGGGUGAUUGCCCGUGCUAUCCUGGUCAGCCUGUCCACUCUGUAUCAGCAGCUCCUGGAGCUCCUUAGAGAAGUAGCCAACGCCCAUCCCAUGCCCUUCCUCACAGACUUCUCCCUGCCAGCAGAUAUGGCUCAGUUCCUGAGUCCUUCUGAUGCAUAUAUACUGCCCAAAAAAACCGCACACGGUCCCCAUGCCAAAGACCACAAGGAGAAGCAACAGCAGGAGAAGAGGAAGAAACUUCCUGUG